AUCAUAUUGUGGGGGAGGAUUGUUUUCUGAGAGAAUUCACAUUCAAAGAGCUGAAGAAGGGAAUGGAGGAAGUUGACUAGUGUUGAUAGUCAGCGCCAAACCAGGAAGAUCUCCUUAAAAUCCUUAACACUGAUGGUCGAUCUCUGCUUCCAUUGGUCUGUGUUGGUGGGGCCCACCCCCACUUAAGGGACUUUUGCACCAUCAAAGGAUUUUAGUGCCGGUCGGGUACGGCUGAGCAGUCAAUUCGACAGGAUCCCCUCUCUCCUGCAUUAUCACUUAUCACAUCCAGACCCCAAACGAAUGACAGUUGCUUCAUCUCCUUAAAUUCUCCCACGGUUGUCUUCUCGUAACCAGUCGAGACGCAAAGUGAAAAGAAAAAGAAAUAAAAAAACACAAACCAAAGUGUUGAAUGACGCUUGUCCUUGCGUAGCGACGGCUACCCUUUUAGUACUAUAGCAUCACACACACACACACAUAUCAAUCAAUCAAUCAAUCAAUUGAACUUUCCCCCCCUCCUUCAAUCAACGAACUCAGGAUGGGUAUGGAAUUUGUCUUUAUAAAUGUCAAGGAGCCGAAGGACGCUCUUCAGCUCGCUAAGGAACCUGAAAUUCGAUCACACGUGGCUCGGUACCAGUGGAAGAAAGUCGAGAGUCGCCCGUCUCUCAAGCGAAAAAGAAAUGCGGUGCUGUCAUUCUGCAUGGACAUAAGCUGUUAUUCAUCCUGGCAAUCACGAAACGAUUCCGAGGACGACUCUCCCGACGGUUCAGACGGGCCCUCCACCGUCUCCAUCCCUCUGCAGUUCGGGGGACUGCGAGACGACCCUUUUCGAUCCUAUCCAGCCAGCUUCAAGCCGUUCAUGCCGGUCCUCGUGGAUCACUACCUGGUGCAUAUGGCCGUGGACAUCCCCGAGCUCGACCAACCAGGAAACAAGGGCCUUCUGAGAACCAGCUGGUUCCCUUUGGUGAUGACAAAUCGCGCCCUCUUCCUGGUCAUCAUGCUACUCGCAGCAUCCCAUUAUGCGUCUGUGAGCGAGCAUACCGCAGGCAUGAAAUUGGACCUUCUCGAUCUUCGCUGCAAGGCGGUCCAAGCCAUCAACGAUGCCUUGAAGUAUCAACCGCCGGACCGGGUCAAUGAUGCGCUGGUAGGUGCGAUAGCGAAGAUGGGAAGUUAUGAAGCGAUGUACGGGGACAUGGGGAGUUAUAGCGUGCACAUGAGAGGACUCACCCGGGCAGUUGGGUUGCGAGGCGGUCUAUCAGCGCUUGGUCUGAAUGGAUUACUCCGACGGAUAGUGGUCUGGAUCGACCGCAACGCUGCCUUCCUGCACGGAUCGGCGCUCUAUUAUCCUGGCGCUACCUUUGCGCCGGGUCAGGCUCCCGAGCCCAAUCCUGGUCAUUUUCUUGCAUCUUCGUGAUUGAGUACAGCGUUCGGGAUGUCGUUCUUUAUAUUUAUGUAUGUAAUAUCAGUAGCGUGGGAUCUGGAGUUAAAUAGGAAGUUCUCUGUAUUAUUUUUUUUUCCAUUCUGCCACCUGUCUUUUUUUAAUUUUUUUU